UAAUGCUUAUAUUUCCUAAACUUAAUUAAGUUUACAAAUUGUUUGCCUUCAGUAUGAAUACAGGCUCUGCAUCACCUCAGAAAAGAUCUUUUAACCAAUCGUGAGUUUAUUUCUUCUGCUGUUUUAGCAAUUUUGUGGCGUAGUUCGGCUAGAUUUUGUAUUGGCUUUAUGUGCACUUUUUCUCAACAUGAUUUUAUGGUGAACAUGUAAGGUGGACUUCAACAUCAAAAUUCACUUUUUUCGUUUCGCUUUAGGUGAUCCGUAGGCCGUUUCGCUACAAAUAGAAUUGAUUACUGACCAUAGAUAACAACACUUGAUUACUAAACAGCCUUCAAGCCGUCUUUGCCACGUUUUUAUACUCGACACGACUUUUCGAGAACUUUUCCGACAAUAUUAGUUGUUUUGAUAUCCGUUUUCGCUAUUUUACAACAGAUGGAGUUAGUUGUACUGCCAAAACACUAUUCAACAAAAAAAUCGUACAAGAAAUUGCCCUCGUACUGGUAAAUUGUCAGCGGCGCUCAUAGACAUCAGCAAUACCGGAAGCAUACCCAAGCCACUGCGAAUCCGCGCCCUGCGCUACCGACACUAGCACGCUGCCAGCCAGCAGUUUUACAGUGGAGGAGUGAUCAGUUAACGGUGUAUCACGUUCCGCCCUGCAGGCUAGUUCUGGUCUAGCGGGGUAUUCCGUCACGUCAGUAGCACCGUCCGAAGGUCUGUCGUACCGAGAUGGCCGUCGUAGAGUCGACGACUAUCGCUUCGACGAAAUCGUCGGCCGGGUGUCUUUGGGGAAAUCUGCUUGUCUUGCUGUCUUGUUGACCUUAGUUCUGUCUCGGGCGGGGAUCGGGAGUGGGGCGAGAUUUGCAAGGAGCUCCGUUAGUGGAUGCGCCCUUAUUAUCUUCGGUUUCUUUUUCUUCUCGCUUCGUUUUCCUCAAUACUGUGGCUAACGCAAGGAGAUUCGGCUAAAAGGAGAUUCGGCCCCCGACCCGAAAAUAAAAAGCUAAGUACCAUUUUUUCUAUUAAGCAUAGGUACUUGAUGAAAUGUAUUCUAUGGAGCAGGAAUAGCAUCGUGUAAUAAAAAUCAAUUCUACACAAAAAAAAAAGUGUAUUUACGAUACGGGUAUUCGUCGUAAGCGUAUUAAAACAUUAUUUAUCCUAAUAUGCAACUGGAAACUUCUUUCGAAAUUGACAAUUAAUGACACGAAUCAUUUAGAAAUCGAUUUGCGGUCAUUGAUUAUCAUUAUUACGGUCGCAUAUUUAAGAAAUUACUACACUAGUUUGGGCAGGUAAUUGAACCAUCUGUUAAUUGUAAACACAAUUCAUUAAUUUAAUUCAGUUCAGCACGAGGUACGAGGUGAGUUUUCGAGGUUCAAUUGUCGGAAUUAGUCACAAUCGAGUGCUGAUCACCAGAGGAACAAGACGCCCUGCAAGGUAUUUUAAAGCUGUUAUACUUUUGUACUAGUUCGUAAAUUUUGUAAAUUUAAUAAUAUAAAUAAACCAUAAACCCAACUAAGCAUUAAAAAAAUAUCGAUAAUAUUAAUUUAUUUCUUAAAUUUAUUUAAUUUUUUAAAUUUAAAUUUAUUAUUUGUUCUCCGAUUGAAUCUGUCAGUGAAUAGUGACUGUCCCUGACUACUUGACCGUGGGUCGUGGGGUUGAUUCGCGCGUCGGAAAAGCAUUCGUGUGACGAAUUUUAACGUGAAAUCUAAUUUUUUUUAUUGCAUCGAUGAAUGGACGGCUCACGGCCCACCUGGUGUUAAGUGGUUACCGGAGCCCAUAGACAUCUACAACGUAAAUGCCGUCACUCACCUUGGGAUAUGAAUUCUAAGGUCUCAGUAUAGUUACAACGGCUGCCCCACCUUUCAAGCCGAAACGCAUUACUGCUUCACGGCAGAAAUAGGCAGGGUGGUAGUACCUAUCCGUGCGGACUCACAAGAGGUCCUACCACCAGUAAUUACGCAAAUUAUAAUUUUGCGGGUUUCAUUUUUAUUACACGAUGUUAUUCCUUCACCGUGGAAGUCAAUCGUGAACAUUUGUUGAGUACGUAUUUCAUUAGAAAAAUUGGUACCCGCCUGAGAUUCGAACAUCGGUGCAUCGCUCAACACGAAUGCAUCGGACGUCUUAUCCGUUAGGCCACGACGACUUCAUAUUGAUUAUUAGGACUAUAAUUUAAGAUAUCCUUUGCUUUUGAGUGCUGGUGAACACACGCCCCACACGAAUAUGAGUGCUCACCGAUGUUCAUGGACAUCAUCAGUCAUUACAGCAUCAUUCAAGCUACUUUCUAUUGAGAUAUUUAAAUGUUGUACCCCAAUAUGGUAGCUGAAUUGGCUACUCUUAUUGUCAUUAGUACCAAUAAUAAACACGGACUACUGUUUAUGUAUAUUAUCUACAUAACUCCAGUUUUUACACAUAAAAGAUAUUUUAUAAUAUAAUUAGUUUAACUAGAGAUAUUAACAUUCUUUAUAUAUUAAUUAUAUUAACAUUCUUUUUUUCAGGAACAGUCAUGGGCACGCUAAUCAAAAAUAUCACGCAUUAUUACCAUUUUGUCAACGAUGACUUGGCUGAUCCACGGACGAAGACUUUCCCUUUGGUUUCAAACCCGAUACCGGUGCUCUUGAUCUUGUACGUGUACCAUCGGUUCGUUCGCUCUUGGGGCCCGGCGCUGAUGGAGAACCGGCAGCCCUUCAAACUGAAGACAACGAUAAUCAUAUACAACCUCGUGCAAAUUUAUCUGUCCUUGUACUUGGCAGCUCAGUGCAUGACAAGGUUGUAUUGGUCAGGAUAUUACAAUCUUUGGUGUCAGAAGAUAAUAUUAGAAGACACGCCACUGGAGAGAAUUGUCGUCAGCAGGGUCUGGUUGUAUUACAUGAUUAAGAUCAUUGACCUAUUAGAUACGGUUUUCUUCGUGCUUCGGAAGAAGUUCAAUCAGGUGACGUUCCUCCACGUGUACCAUCACUUAGGAAUGUGUCUUCUUGGUUUCGUCGGAACUAAAUAUGUACCAGGCGGUCAUGGCGUGAUGCUGGGUUUCAUAAACUCAUUGGUGCACGCGGUGAUGUACAGUUACUACCUGGUCUCGAUAAUCAGGCCGCUCUGGGUGCGGCAGUGGUGGAAGAAAUACAUAACGCAAUUGCAAAUCUUACAAUUCUUAUUGCUGAUACUACACUUCGGGCACGUUCUAUUCGAACCCUCGUGCGAAUAUCCGAAAUGGGUGUCAUUUGUAUUCCUACCACAUAAUAUAUUUAUUUUAUUCUUAUUCUCCGAUUUUUACAUUAAGGCGUACAUUUUAAAGAAAAAUAAAAACAAGUAGUUAAGUAACCUAAAAUAAGUAAAUUAUAUUUUUAUAAUGUU